CCACGAACCUCUCUCCCUCUUUAUCAACUCAUCAAAAGCCAUUCACACUCAUCUAAUCAAAGAUCGAUCAAACAAAUCACAAAAAGAUGAUUCAAGAGCUAUUUGGUACUAAUGCUUCUUCUCUUUUAAGGGGAGAAAGAAAGAUAUCCAAUAUCCCUACCAUCUACAAUGGCUCUUCUUCUUCUCCAUCUCCGACAACGUCGCCUUCUCCAUCCCCCGCGAAUUCCACAAAUUCAUCUGAAAAGGAGAACUUGAGGUGCCCGAGAUGCGACUCGCCCAACACCAAAUUUUGUUACUACAACAACUAUAACCUAACUCAGCCCCGCCAUUUUUGCAAAACUUGCCGACGUUACUGGACGAAAGGCGGGGCCCUGAGGAAUGUUCCAAUUGGAGGCGGCUGCAGGAAGAACAGGUCUAUCGGUGGUACAGCCACCUCCGUGACGCCCUCUCUAGGGAAGUCCACCACCUUGGCAGCUAGGUUCAAGAACAUACCAUUCUCCGAUCAUCAACUUUCAUCGAGCAUGGGAGGGCCCAUACUUUGGGCCCCGAGUCAGAGCUCGCAGUUGCUAGCUUUUCUCAAUGCCACCGCCCAAAACCCUAACCCUAAUCCAAGUUCUUUUCAGAUGGAUAAUUCUCUUGGUAAGAAGGAAGAUGGGUUCAUGAUCGGGUCACAAGAACCGGUAGGGUUGAAUUCCCGGACUAUAGGGUUGGAUCCUUAUAGCAAUUCAUCUUCUUUGAGCUCUUUGUGGAUGAACAUGAAUCAAAAUCAAGGUGGGAUUUUGAUCGGGGAAGCUCAACAUAACAUGAGUGGUUUUCAAGAGCUAUAUCAAAGGCUUCGAUCAUCGACUAAUUACAAUUUACCGGAUUACUCGUCGGUUUUGUUUGCUAACUCCGGUCCUUCACCACCUUCUUCUUCUUCCGCUAUUUUGGAGUCAGCUCCGGUCAUCGCAACGGAUCAUUUCGGGUUUGAAACAAACUAGUCAUCAUGAUCUCUUCAUGAACAUAUAUAUGAUAAGUAUAAGUGUGUGAUGAUUAUCUCCUCUCCUAGCUUGUAUUAUUAUAUAUGAUCUAGUUGUUAAGGGUUUGGGGGUAUAUGAAUUAAAUUAUGAAUAUGGGUGCUGUAGAUCGAUCGGUAUAACAUUUGCUUUUGUUUUUGUUAAUUAGUUGUGUUUCUUAAUGUGGUUGGUUACCAAAACUAAAUCAUGAGUCAUUGGAAAUCGGAAAUGCUAAGAACUAUUAGUACUAUUAAUCUCUC